AUGGAGGAGUACUCGUCGGCUCUGGAAAAUCAGGUGAACCAGAGGACACUCGAGUUGCGAGAGGAACAGCUCAAGACAGAAGUGCUUAUUGCUAAGAUGCUGCCCAGUUCUGUAGCCCGGGCUCUCAUCGCGGGGAAAGAAGUUGCACCAGAGACUUUCGACGACACAACAAUCUACUUUAGUGACGUUGUGGGCUUCAGUCUUAUUUCGGCAAACUCCACGCCUCUUGAGAUUGUAAAUCUGCUGAAUAUGCUAUACAGCGCCUUUGACGCGUUUCCCAACGGUAAACGUCAUGCGGGCGAGAUUGCAACCAUGGCCUUGGAGCUUCUUAGUAUCAGUAGUUCCUUUGUUGUCCAACACAUUCCGAAUAUUCCAAUACUGCUGCGGAUAGGCAUAAAUUCUGGUACGUGGGUCAGUUAUUCAACUGGAAACUUGUAA